AUGCCUCCUUCACAAUCGGAACGUGCCUCUUUUGAGUAUGUGGCGGACGAGAAACAGCUCUCCCCAGACCACGUUGAGGACUACAGCAAUGUGACAGUAAUCGAUGGGAUUCAAGUGCUUGGAUUGUCACCUGAUGAUGCCGACUUCUACCAUAACUUCACACCCGAACAAAGAAAAACCGUCUUGCACAAGGUUGACAUUCGCUUGGUGCCCAUGUUAGCUGUACUCUACUUGAUUUCACAUCUCGACAGAGCGAAUAUCGGCAAUGCGAAAAUUGCAGGGCUGACAAAAGACCUGGGGUUGACUGGAAUCCAGUAUAACAUUGCCCUUAGUCUCUUCUUCAUUCCAUAUGUCUUGUUAGAGGUCCCAAGUAAUAUGUUUCUGAAGAACUUCAAACGGCCUUCAGUUUACCUUGGAAUUCUUAUUAUCUGUUGGGGAAUCAUAAUGACUCUGACUGGAAUGGUUCAGAAUUUUGCUGGUUUGCUUGUGGUGCGCAUUCUGCUAGGUGUUUUUGAAGCUGGCUUCUUCCCCGGUGCAGUGUAUCUGUGCUCCUUCUGGUAUAUGCCAAAGCACCUAGCAACUCGCCUGGCUGUCUUCUACUGUGCUAGUGCCCUUUCCGGCGCAUUCUCCGGCUUACUGGCAGCCGGUAUUGCCAAGAUGAGCGGAGUCGGUGGACUAGAAGGCUGGCGUUGGAUUUUUAUCCUGGAAGGAAUCGUCACUGUUGUCCUGGGUGUCCUUUGUUUCUUCUUCCUUAUCGACUCGCCAAAGUUGUCCGGAAAGUGGCUGAACCAGGAUGAGAUUCGCUUCUUGGAGCUGCAGCACUUCAUCAAAGACGGUGGACAAUUCCAAGAGGAGCGUAAGUCGACAUCAUGGAAGGAUAUUAAGGCCGUUUUGGGUAACUGGAGAAUGUACCCGUUGGCGUACAUUUUGCUUGCUCAGUCAGCUUGUUCUUACGGAACCAAAUUCACCCUCCCCACUAUUACAAAGGGUAUGGGCUUCCAAGACACAGCCGCGCAGCUGAUGACUGUCCCCCCCUACGUGGCGGGCGCCAUUUCCGCCAUCUUUUUCUCCAUGCUGUCCGACCGAUUCUACUGGCGUGCGCCAUUUGUGGUAAUCCCACUGCUCAUUAUCGUGGUUGGAUACUCGAUUAUCAUGGGACUAAAUGGAAACCUGAAAGCCAAUAUUGGCCCAGGAUUCUUUGCCAUUAUUCUGACCACCAUGGGUAUCUACCCUACCCACCCGGCCACGACCUCAUGGACCAUGAACAACCUCGCCCCUUCCAAUCGCCGCGCCAUUGGUAGCGCUUUCAAUAUAUGUGUCGGAAAUAUUGGAGGAAUCAUUGGCAGCUACAUGUACAUUGAUAAAGAAGACCCAACCUACCCCACCGGCUUUGGAUUGUCAUUGGCGUUUGGUGGGUCGGCCCUUGUAGCAGCCGUGAUCCUCGAGCUCUCCUUUAUGUGGGCCAACAAGAAGAAUGCUGCGAUGAGCGAAGUCGACAUUCGCUCGAAAUAUACCGAUGAACAACUGCUGGAUAUGGGAGAUAAAUCGCCUCUGUUCAAGUAUACACUUUAA